GGGGAGAUUAAAUGGAGAGCUCAUCUGUAACAGCCGAGCAAACUGGCGCGUGUGUGGACGGAUUGGAUGGAGGUGGCACACUGGCAGAUGACGUGAGCGAGCUCAAAGCCGACAGCGUCACCGCCGAGGAGCGACGCGCGCUGGAGGGCGACGAGGCCGAGGAGGCGACGAUGCGGCGGGAGGAGGAGGAGGAGGAGGAAGAGGAGCUGAGGGCACAAGUCCUGCAGCUCCUGCUGCAGCUGGAGGACGCCAGGGAGACGUCCACGAAGCACCACGAGAGCUUCGCCGAGCUGCAAGGUCUGUUGGAGGACGAGCGUCUGGCCAGCGCCCAUCAGGCCGAAGCCUUCACCCGACAGAUCCAGAAUCUGCAAGCCCAGCUGCGCUCGGUGCAGGAGGAGAUGGACAGCCUGGAGGAGGAGAAGGAGAGCGAGCUGGCCGAGGCCCAGGAGGAGCUGCGCGCGGCCCGGGAGGAGGUGCUCCUGCUGCAGCAGGUGGCCGAGGAGGCGGCGGCCGAGCGCGAGAACGACAUCGCCUCCCUGCAGGAGGAGCUGUGCCGGCGGAGGGCCGAGCUCCAGCGCCUGGGCGACGAGACGCAGGAGUACGAGCUGGAGAUCACCACGCUGAGGGCCGAGAUCAGCAUGAAGAGCCGGCGCAGGGAGGCCGAGAGGAGCGGAGGCGACGUGGAUCUGUUGAAGGAGGAGUGCCGGACCCUGCGGGAGGAGUGCCAAGCCCUGAAGGAGGACAACCGGCGCCUCUCAGAGAGGCUGCAGCUGCUCCGCAGGCAGAGGACAAGCUCCAGCGUUUACUUGUCCCUGAAAGAGGAAGACGCGGGCACCGAAGGCACCGAGGGCACCGAGGGCAAGGAGAUUGCGACGACUGAGAUUGUUGACGACGUCCUAACCGAGAGCUACAUGACCAUGGCCCAGUCGGACAACUGCCGCCUCGUGGACGCCUCCAUCCAGAAGAACAUUUCCUUCGACGGCAAGCCCGGCACGCCCACCGGCUGGAACGGCGGCAUCGGAGAGAUCUUCUCGCUCAGGGAGCAGCUGAAGCAGGCCGAGGAGAAGGCCUCGCAAGUUCAGAGCGAGUGCGACGGGCUAAAGCUGGAGCUGCAGGAGCUGCAGGAGCUGUACGACAGCAGUCAGAGGGAGAGGAACGAGCUGGAGGAGGAGCUUCAGCGCUGCAAGGCAGAGCUGGAGAAGUUGUCUGGAGGGGCUCAGGGGAGUGAGCUAGCUCGGAACUCCAUCUUGACGGUCACGGCGGCCGCCGCCGUGCUGCUCAUGAUGGCUGGCUUGUUGAGGGCCCUCGUCCGAUGUUGAGCCACCGGCCGCUUUUCAAACAGACGCCGAGACGCCUCGACUCGGGAGCGGCCGGCGUUCCGCCCGCUCGCCUUCAACUGGAAUCCCCUCGAUGCGACGGCGCGAAGGUACGGCAACGUACGCGGCGGAGGCUGAGGAGGAUCGCCGUGGCGACGGCUUGAGGACACUGUCACUCUUCUUUUGUGAAUAUUAGCUCUCUUUUAGCCUUGGACGUGCAUCCAAUGGAUUUAUUUAAUCUUGAUUUAUUUAUUUUUUCUUGGCUUCAAUAUUGUGUUUUUCAAAAGUGAUAGUGUACAAAUUAUUUCAUUAAGCUUGUGCCACAUUUGCUUUUUAAAGCCGCCGAGCGGGGAAAGUAAUUCACAGUGAGGGUAUGAGGUUUAAAAAAAAAAACAAAAAAAAGUUAUGCGCAUGUAAAAUAUGUAAAAAUGUUCAUCAGUUGAAUUAAAAUAACAAUUUCCAUUUUGUUUUUUGUUUCAUUACAGUGGUACGUUGACUUAACAACAUUUUUCCGGCAUCGCUUGGUGCUGCGAGCCCAAAUUUCAGUUAUGAGCGACCUCCAGAUACGCCGCCGCUUGAGUGAAGUGAACAAGAAAAAAAACCAAACGGGGCAGUUCAGGCAGUUUGAUGCCCGGGCAAGGAGAGCCACAGUCACCGAAGCGCAAACAGGAAAUGAAAAACACUCGCAGCCGCGCAAACUGAACUAACCGCGCCGUAACCAGACUGAGUGCAGCUUAGCAGGCCACGCCCCUUAAAGGCACACGUCAACACACGAACACUACAGUGUUCGUGUGGUGACUUUCAGCUGAAUUGCAAUUUGUAAGACCGGUUUAUUUCUUUACAUUCACAUUAUGUUUUUACAUUGACAUGCCAUUUCUAUUUCAUUAAAGGAAUGCAACUUAUAUUUUUUUAUUUUCAUUUUUAUUUUUUCCCUCCAGGACAGCUGGAACGGAUGAAUGGAAUUUCAGUUCAUUUCAAUGGGGAACAUUGAUUUGAGACCAUAUGAGUAAUUUCAGUAACAAGUCAAGGUACCACUGUAAUUCAUUUGAUGGUAAAUUGUACCUUUCAUAAAAUACAAUUUACAAAAUAUGAAAUGUAUGUAAAAUUAUUUUACUCCUAUUUGUAUUUUACGAUUGAAUUAACAAACAUUAUUUAACGACAGGGUCGAUGACGAAAAUGAAAGAAUCCCUUGGCCAUAUUAAUCAACCCAUUUGAGGAAAUCAAAACGGCUAAAUUAAUGCGAGAAAUAUGAGAGAGCUCCCGAUCAAGAAAAUCCCCAGUGGGCCAUGGAAUGAAAUAAUACAAAUGGGCUUGUUUGCUUGAACUCUUUUGAUAUCUUCCAACUUUGAACAGAAGACGCAGCAUAUCCCGGAUGCACUCAGAAUCUGGAAUGUAAGAAAAGUACACAACUUACUUCUUAAAGUAUGUCAAGAGACCCAAAAGAACAUCAGAGUGCCUCGGGAAAUUGUCUAGUUCCAAUCUUACCGGUCCAGAGAAAAAGACAUAUUUGAGUUUUGAAGACCAACUGAAACAACAACUUCAAACAUUUCGUGCUUUAUUAUCAUGAUUAUUGUGCAAUUCCAGCGCUGCACUUCACAUAACUUUUAAAGCGACGGAAUCGUCUCGCACGGAGACGUCAUUUUGCGGAAGAGGACGCCGCGACCCGGUGCGUGAACGGCACAUUGAACGUUAGCGGCUACCCUUACGAAUUACAGAACGAGAUGGUGAAAGCGGCGACUUAAAUAUGUUUGCGGACCUCAUGAACAUUAUGAACAGACCCUGCUCUGGACCACCAACCAGACAAACGACUUUAAAGCUCCAUGAACAAAAUAUGUACAUACGAACAUUUUCUUAACAUGUGUGAAAUCCUUUACUUUGUCUGUUUGUGGUAAAAAAAAAAAAGCAUGCGCAAAACUAUGGAAAGCUGUUUGAGCAUUUAUUCCAUACCCUUGAUCAGCAAGCUACUAGUGCGUGACCCCGUGGAAGUGUUCAUAGCACAGCACCGAAGUUAAGGUUGAAUUGUGUACUAGUAAGCCAAAAGUGGCACGAUUAAAACAUGGCCGUUGCACUAGUGCGCCGGGUUUUCUGAGUAGUGAGGACAAAUAGUUUACUAGUCCAUGAACUUUAAGUUGGAUAUCAAGGACAUGGAAUAAAUGCUCCAACCGCUUUCCAUUCAAAACUACAAUCAAUGUAUUUUCACCAUGAUGUCACUUGAUGAAUAAUUCAUGUAAAUAAGAAACUACACGGGCACGAUACUGCGGAGCUAUUUCCGAAAAUUCCAUUUGUACUUGCUUUGUAGAAAGUUCUAUUUUAACAACAACAACAACAACAAAAAAGCACGUCAUAUAUUUGAUAUAGUCAAAUGUAAAAUGUCUAUUUCUGGUGACUUUGUUUGGAAAGAGUAAUAAUUACGAAUAAUAAUAAUAAGGUGUAAGUUCCCAGGUGGUGUUGUGUGGCUGCAUGCGUUGACGAUGCCAGUGGACGUGUCUCCUCGUGACCACGGCGCGACAUUGCAAGAGGGGAAAUCCAAAAUGUCUUUUUACUGUCUUGUGGAUGCAAACUGAUGACGCACAGCUCGCAAUUAAACUCACUGCAACACAACGCACGAAUGUCGUCUUUU